AUGGCCUUGAAAAACUGUGUAAGGAUGUGGUAUCAGAUCCGGGAGUAUCAGGAUUCGGACUACUCUUCUGUGCGGGAGUUGUAUUCUACAAGCUUUCGAGAACAUGAAGGAGCUGUGUGUGUCCUAACUCUCAAACAGCGCUGGGUUCAGAUUGCACUGCUCGGAUUCUCAAUACUUUUCCUCUUCCUGUCUGGCUCCCUCCUGGCAACCGUACUAUGUCUGAGCGGAGUUCUGCUGGCUGGCAGGUUUGCUGUGUUCUGUCUUUUUGAACAAGGGGUACAACUCGGGCUCAGAGAAGACCUGCAAGACAUUCGAGCAUCCUACAUGCACCCAGGUCAAAUCAGUUGCUUUUGGGUAGCAGAGUCUAAGGGUUCCUUACUGGGAACAGUGGGAAUAUUACCGUGUGUGACAGAGCCUGGAGCAUGGGAGCUGAAACGCAUUUCAGUACGAAAGGGUUUUCGGCAGCGAGGCCUCGCCAAAGCUCUUUGUCUGACCACGCUGGAGUUUGCCGCCAGAAACAAAGUAGAGAGGGUGGUGUUGUUCACCUCUCUGGUGCAGUCCGAUGCUCAUAGACUCUACCACAGCCUGGGAUUUCAUAAGGAGGAGGAGUUUUUUUGGCCAUCACUUUGUGCCAAGCUCAUUAACUUCCUUGUGUUUAAAUAUGCAUACAAUGUUAAGUCUGAUUAUUAUAAAUAUUGUAAGGCUAAAAAUGAACAGGUAAAAGUGUAAAAGAAGUCAUUUCAAAGUAAUGAUUGAGGUAAAAUUGAAUUCUGUGAACACUUUUUUUUGUGUAAAGUUAGAACAUACAAGAUACAGUAAAGUGUUUUUUGCUGGUUUAAUCAUAUUGAUUAUGAUGACUCAGUAAAGCAUGAUUAAUAGUUUUAUUUUUUUUUAGACCAUUAUAAGUCUACUAGUUAUUUUUUAUCAUUAAAUAUCUAAAAAUACAUAUAUCUAAGUAUUUCUUACGUAUAUUUUUCAUAUAUAGUCCUAUAUAUUUUUUUUUCCUAUAUAGUUAUAGUGACUUUCACUAUUUCCUUGGAAGAUGUCAAUCUUUAAUAAUGCAUAGAAGAGAAAAUCUGCUAAAAAGUUUCAAAAAGGAUGGAUUGUUGGUCACUGAACAACUGGACCUCUCUGGAGACAGAUAGCUAGGAUUCUUGAAAUGCCUUGGUGAGCUGUUGUUCUUAAAGACACUAAAGGAAAGUCAUUUAAUUAUAAUGUACUGUAUUAAUAGCUUAAUAUGUACUUCUUGCACAUCUGUGUAAAUCAAAAUAUUACUUAAAUACAGUAUAACACUGUUUUUUUUUUAAUGUCCUGACCACUGAUGUUAAAUAUAUAGACAUGUCCUAGUGCCAGACUCCACAGCACACCACCAGAGGUCAUGAUGGAGCCACACCCUGGGGGGGCCAAAGCCACCCUAGAGGGACAACAUAAACCCAAAACCUAGGAGCUUUUUAUUGUUAAUGACUUUAAAGUUAUGGCUGGUUGGUGUAUAAAUUCAGGCACAUACAUUUUGGAACAAAGCUAUGUGUUUUUUUUUUGUUUUUUUUUUUGGUCUCUUUAUACCACCACAAUGAACGUGACAAUGUGAAUUAAAAUGUUUAACAUCAAGUAAAGUAUUUGUCAUAAAUGUGGCCUUAACUAUUCAGUAAUUACAGCCGUUUUCUUUGCCCACAUCCUUACCCCACCCCCACAUACACACAU